GUACAUAUUUGCGUACAUAUUUAAGGCACUGUAUGUAGUAUGAUGCCUUUUGUGUCUCUUUACUAAGACUCCAUUCUUAUCUGGCUUUGGGAGGGGAUUUAUCUCUGAUCCUGGACCAGCUGCUGGAUUCUGGACUCUCGCUAUGGUGCCACGGGGAUUGCCUUUUUAGGAGACACCUGAUCACAGCAACACAAAGAAGGCUUGGUGAUAAGAGCCUGCUGUGUGUGUGUGUGUGUGUGUGUGUGUGUGUGUGUGUGAGAGAGAGAGAGAGAUGAAUAUGGCCCUGGUGAUAAGGAAGAGUGACUGGGAGGGGACAGAGGAGAGGGUAUUUGCUGGUUUUUGGUCAAGCUGUUCUCUGUAGAGCUUUUGGACACUGAGGUAGUGAAGCCCAAUCUGAAACAUUACUAAACCAAUGAGAUAAGGCACGGAAACGUCUCCUGUAGGGCCCCGUCAAACAUCUAGCCAAGAACACCAGCUACUACUUGGGCCUGAAGAUAUUUUUUGUAGAUGGUUUGGGUUUGAAUAAAAGUGUCUGAUGGAGAAAUUCCAGGCUGCAAUGCUCCUGGGUGCGGUAGGAGAUUCCCUGGGAUACCGCAAAGGCCGCUGGGAAGGCUGCACAUCGGGGUCUCAGAUACAGAAAGAGCUCUCGGCUCUUGGGGGACUGGCAGCCCUUAAACUGGAUCCAGAAAACUGGCCUUUGAGUGAUGGAGCUCUGAUGCACAUGACCACAGCGGAGGCUCUUGUUACAGAUUUCUGGUGUCUGGAAGACUUGUACAGAGAGGUUGUGCGGCUCUUUGUGGCAGCCAUGGUGUCCCUUCAAGGCCGAACUCCUGACCCCAGCACAGUAGAAUCUUGUGCCCACCUCAAACCCAACAACUUCCUGCUGGCCUGGCACACGCCGUUUAAUGAAAAAGGUUCUGGCUUUGGAGCCGCCACGAAGGCUAUGUGUGUGGGCAUGCGCUACUGGCAGUCUGAAAGACUUGAAAACCUGGUGGAAGUGAGCAUCGAAAUAGGCCGGAUGACCCACAACCACCCCAUAGGCUUUUUGGGAUCUCUUUGUACUGCCCUGUUUGCCUCGUAUGCAGUCCAAGGCAAGCCGGUGGUGAGCUGGGGCCGUGAUCUCAUGAAGGUGAUACCCAAGGCUGAAGAUUACUGCAGGAAGACUAUACGCCACAUGGCAGAAUACCAGGAGAAAUGGUUUUACUUUGAAGCCAAGUGGCAGUUCUAUUUGCAGGAGAGAGGGAUUGAGGAGGAGGGACAGAACAAGCCUCUUUUUCCUCAUUCAUAUGACGCAGAUGAGACAGAUAAGGUGUACAAGAGCUGGAGCUCAGAAGGCAGAGGAGGACAUAGGGGCCACGACGCACCCAUGAUUGCCUAUGAUGCUCUGCUAGCUGCAGGCUCAGACUGGGGCGAGCUGUGCAAACGGGCCAUGUUUCACGGAGGGGAGAGCAGUGCUACAGGUCUGAUUGCUGGCUGUCUCUACGGGCUACUUUAUGGACUGAACCAAGUGCCUUCAGGACUCUACCAAGACCUGGACAAGAGGGAGAAACUAGAAGAGCUUGGAGCCAAACUGUACCAAAUGGCAGCUACAGAGAAGAAACACUCUGCUCCUCAGCUCCUUGUUCACGCAGGGAGUUCACACGGUUCCUAAGCAGCACAGCUACACUCCCCUCCUGUACCUGUUCUCAGCAGUUUAUUCUCUCUGACACCACCACCAGAAGGAUUGCUCUUUCUACUAAGAAUAUAUGCAAAUUAAUUGGUCUAUAUUAUUGCAGUUUUAAUGACAAAUGAUGUGUAACUUGCAAAAGAAAACCCUUAUGAUUAUUUGCCCCAAGUAACUUUUAUGUAGUUUGGCCAGGAGCUUUGCCAAUUCAUGAUCAUUGAUCAAAUUAUAGUAAAAAGUACUGCAUGUGUGCAUGUUCUGGUGCUUGUAUAUUAUGUAAAUUAAAAGACCUUAAACAGACCUGAAUUUGUAAGAAUUUGAUUUAAAAAAAACAAAAACAUAUUCCUAAUUGCAGUAGCAUUAAACUAUACAAAUUGUAUUCUAG